UGAACCGUUUUUAUCACGCGCCAGAUAUUUUUAAAUCGUUAAGAGAAUCUUAAAAUUGCCCCGAAGUUCCUCUGCUUGUAAUGCUCUGAUAGAAAAUAAGCGCCGAAUCUAAUGAUUCAAAUUUGUGGACUUUACGGAAAUGAGUCACGACCAUAUGUGUGUUUAAUACAAGUGGAACUCUACGUUUAUCAAAUCGUAAAGUUACGUAAUCUAAAGUUUCAUCGAGAUUAAAAUUAUCAAGUCUUAUCGGUAUCGUUUAUACGCUAUCACUUGUACGGAGUUCCAGUACCUCGCGAACUGCAGCCUUCGCACAUUGUUGUAUACGUAGAUGAAUAAUGAGCAACAACAUGAAUCACGUUGCUCGUAGAAGUGCGCCCUGUUAUUUCUGCAGUGAAUUUAUCGAAGAACGGUAUAUAAUGGAACACAUAAAACAUUGCGGUGCUGUGUUGGAAGAAUGCCCCGAAAAAUGUGGAGCUUACAUACCCAGAUUCAAUCUAAAAUCGCAUCACGCGCAAUGCAGUUCGACGAGGAUCAAAACGAUUAGUCAUACAAAUGCGACGGAAGUGCCAAAAUCUAUCGACGAGACAUGGAAAGAACGGGUCAUGUCUGUGCUGAACUUGAUGAGAACAGCAAUUCUCGAUGGGAAACGGGAACAGAAAAAGUUGGAAGAAAAAUUAACGCUAAGUUUGGAAACCAUCCGGUCUAAAGAAACUGCGCUCGAAGCCGUAAAGAAUAAAUUGACCGAGGCCAACAAUCGUACUCGUCUCUCGGAUGGUGAGGUGGAUUUUCGUUUGAACAGAGUGGAGCAAGCUUUUACUCACAUAGACGAACAGCUGAGUUUGAAUUUCAAACAAACUUACGAUCAGCUGGAAUUGCUUGAAAAUAAAUUCAAAGAUGAGGAAAUUAUCCGUAAAUCAAAUACGGACGAAUGGCGCAAGGAAAUUGAUGCUUUGAAAAAAUUUUUAGCCCAAGAAAACGCGAUGAUUAGCUCCGUUUGGCACGAGCAGCUCAAGCAAAUCCAUGACUUGAAACUUGAAUUGGAAAUGAGAUGCAAGGCUUCCAAAGAACUAGUAAAAACUCAGGAUAUAUUAUCAGAAAAAAUAGAUAUCCUCGUACAAGAACUUAGGAAACAUUCGGAAGCGAUUAAAUCUCAAGCAGAUGAUACCAAAGCGUUGAAGUUUCAACUGAAAGAAAAUGUGACUUACCUCGAGGAUACGAUCAAAGAAAUCCCGGUCCAAAAUAUUCCCGAUAGUGUGAACUGCAGGUGUUUGAAUCAAGAGUGCUUCGAACCAAUAUCAACAUCCGGUCGUCUUUUGUGGAGAAUCGAUCGGUAUAAAGAAAAAAUGACGGAUGCUAAAGAGAAUGACACGGUGCUCCGCAGCCCGAUAUUUUACAACAAAGAAUAUGGAUAUACUUUAGGAGUUGAGUUAUUUUUAAAUGGUAGAGGACAGUGGAAAGAGAGGCACGUUAUCGGCUGUCUCCAGGUCUUGGAUGGAAAAUGGGACGCUCUGUUGGACUGGCCGUGUAUUUUACAAGCCACGAUUAUUUUGAGAGACCAAGAAAAUCCCGCGAACAAUGUAAAAAAAAUGUUAAAAGUCAAGAGAAAAGAUGCGGCCGAUGAUAACGAUAAGAUUAACAAAGAAUCCGGCAUGUAUAUUUUUAUUCCACAUACAAAAUUAACACGCCAUGAUGGAUUUACCAAGAACAAUGUAGUGUUUCUAGACAUUCAGGUAAAAGAUGUCAAGAUCGGUGGCUCAAUGGCAUCUCUAAUAUCAUAGAUAAUAAUUUCAAUAACGUAAAUCUCUUGCGAUCAAAUAAUCUAGAUCAUAAUAAGUUUUUGUAAAUAGUUUAUGAAAUAAAUGAAAUUAUUGGCAUCAGCAA